CUCCCUCUCUAUCUCUCUCUCUCUCUCUGCAGAAAGCGCAACCCAAGCCACCACUUCCUUUCUUUCCCCGAAAAUACGUUUCAGGAAAACGGAAAAUACCGUAAACGCACAUCGGAGGAAAAGAUGGGGGCCGAUUUCUUCUUGGGCGAGGUAGUACUAGAGCUCCUGAAAGAGCUGGCGAAGCUGUGCGUGCGCGCGUGUUACGUCAAGUCAAGCGCGGAGCAGUUCAAGCACUCGAUUGACGCGCUUCUCCCGAUCAUCCAAGAGAUCCAAUACUCCGGCGUGGAGCUCCCACAACACCGCCAGUCGCAGCUGGACGAGCUCGCCCAGAAGCUCCGCCACGGGCUUGACCUCGUGCGCAGGGCCUCGUCCUCGAGCCGCUGGAACGUGUACAAGAACAUCCAACUCGCGAAGCAGAUGGAGAAGGUGGAUAAGAGCGUGUCCGGCUACAUGAAGUGGAUGCAGGCGCACGUGAUGGCCGACGUGCAUCACGUGAGGGUUGGGGUUUUGGAGUAUGGAGAGAAGGUGGAGAGGAUUGGGAGGAAGCUGGAGGAGUGUAUAGGUGCGGUGAAGCUUGGGGAGGGGAAUAGGAAGUUUGCAUUCGACGACGGGGAGGAGAACGAUGGGGUUGGGGUUUUGGAGGGGUUUGGGAUGAGGUUUGGGUUGGAGAAGGUGAAGGAGAUGCUGUUGACGGCAGACGGUGAGGGAGAGAAGAAAGUUAGGGUUGUUGGGGUUUGCGGGAUUGGCGGGAGUGGGAAAACGACGCUCGUUAAGAAGCUUUGCCAGGAUUUUCAGAUUCGAAGUCACUUUGAAAACAGGGUUAUCUUUGAAACCGUCUCCCAAUCUCCAAAUGUGGAAAGCUUGAGAGCAAAGAUAUGGGAACAGAUAACUGGCAACCGCUUUGGUAGUGCCAAUGAUCAAAUCCCUCAAUGGAUGGUUCGAUUCGAGCAGAGUAUUAGAAGGCCCACGCUGGUGGUUCUGGAUGACAUUUGGUCACUCUCCGUGCUCGAACAACUGAUUUCUAAAAUCCCCGGCUGCAUAACUCUUGCCGUUUCAAGAUUUAAAUAUCCUGUAUUCGACCAAACAUACGAGGUGGAAUUGAUGGGAGAAGAGGAAGCUCUAUCGCUGUUCUGUUUAGCUGCUUUCCAGCAACAGUCCAUUCCUCCCACUGCAGAUAAGAAGCUGGUGAAUCAGGUGGUCGCAGAGUGCAAAGGCCUCCCUCUGGCUCUAAAAGUGAUUGGAGCUUCAUUACGGAACCGGCCCCCGCUAGCUUGGGUGAGUGCCAAAAACAGGCUAUCGCGAGGAGAAUCCAUAUCAGAGACCCAUGAGGCCAAUUUUUUUGAACGUAUGGCAAUCAGCAUCGAGUGCUUGGACCCCAAGGUCCAGGAGUGCUUUCUGGACUUGGGUUCCUUCCCCGAGGACAAGAAGAUCCCUCUUGAUGUGCUUAUCAACAUGUGGGUUGAGAUGCACGAUCUCGAUGAAGAGGAUGCUUUUGUGGUGCUCGGUGAUCUUUCGGAAAAGAACCUUCUCUCACAUGUACAAGAAGAUGCACAGGGCAGGGCUGGAGACAUCUAUAGUAGCUACAGCGAGUUCUCCGUUGCUCAGCAUGAUGUGUUGAGGGACCUUGCUCUUCAUAUGUGCAAUCGUGAGAAUGUAAACAGGCGGAAGCGAUUGAUUAUGGCAAGAAGAGAAGAUGGGCUUCCAAAGGAUUGGCAGAGGAAUAAAGACAAGCCGUUUGAUGCCCGAAUCGUUUCAAUUCAUACAGGUGAAAUGAAGGAAUCGGACUGGUUCCUGAUGAAUUUCCCAAACACCGAGGUUCUCAUCCUGAGAUUCUCGUCGAGCACUUACUUCUUACCUCCAUUCAUUGAGCUAAUGCCGAAGCUCAAAUCUCUAAUUUUAGUGAAUUAUGGAGCCUCAAGUGCCGUCCUACACAAUCUCUCUGUGUUUGACUCUUUGGAUAGCUUGAAGAGCCUCUGGUUAGAAAAGAUAAUCGUCCCGCAUCUCCGCAGAACCACCGUUCCACUCCCUAGCCUGCGAAAAAUCUCACUUGUCCUGUGUGAGGUCACCAAGAGCUUAAAUGGGUCAUCAGCCAACCUGCCCUGUAUCUUUCCGUGCCUCUCACAUCUCACCAUUGAUCACUGCAUUGAUCUAACAAAACUACCUCCAACCAUCUGCGGGGUCCGCUCUCUCGAGAGCCUAAGCAUCACCAACUGCCACAAUCUUUGUGAGCUACCUUCCGAGCUUGGUCAACUGAAUUCCCUACAGAUUCUAAGGUUAUACGCCUGCCCGGCCUUGAAGAAGCUCCCACAGGCGAUCUGUGGGCUGAAGAAAUUGAAAUACCUUGACAUCUAUCAAUGCAUCAACCUUAGGAAUCUCCCUGAUGGGAUGGGCCAGCUGAUUAGCUUGGAGAAGAUCGACAUGCGGGAAUGCUCGCUGAUCAGGAAUCUACCGGGAUCGGCUAUGUCGUUGAGAUCAUUGGACCGUGUGAUAUGCGACGAAGAGAUUGGAUUUCUGUGGAAAGAGGCAUCGAAGGCCUUGCCAGAGCUACGGGUUCAGGUGGCCGAGAAAUGCUUUACUUUGAACUGGCUAAUGGAGUGAGGCCUACCUUCAAACACUCUGCUUGUUGAUGGCAUUUCUGUAAAUUAUUGUAAAUAAAUCAUUUCUUCAGUAACAAGACUGGUGAAGGGUAUUUUGGUCUAAACACUGGCCACAAGUUUGACUGAUGGUCAGCCAAGUUUAGGAAGAUCCAAGCCGUCCAAUCUUUAUUGUAAUUAUUAUUAUUAUUAUUUUUUCCCUCUUUCUUUCCUGUUGAAAGCUAGGACAAACCGUUCAAUGUGCGGUGGACAUUACAGGUUGAAUGAUCAAUCGAGCUCCUCCAUCUAUUUGCCCCCAAAAAUCAAUCCUAUUAAAUGAUAUUGUCUUUCACUUUUCCCAUUUACAA